AUAAAAUGUCGCUAAAUCACAAAUUCCAUCACAAUUCUAUCCUUGAAAAGGGAAAAAUAGACACCAAUUAUGUAGCUGAGCACUUUAAGAGGAAGAAACUUAGUAAGGACCUUGGCUUCAUUGAGGUAGUGCACAAAGUGAGCUCACCCACCAUGAACCUUAAAUUAACACUCAAAACAUCACAUGAAAGAUAUAAACAUAAGCCUUUGAAGUUAUAAACAGUACCUCUAGUUUGAACAAGAGAAAGCCUAAAUAAUCAAAUCAUUCUAUACCCGAAGAAGUCAACUAACCAAAAAUCCCACGAGAAGGCAGGUGAGAACAACUACACCAAAACAACCAAGAAGUUGUUCCAGCGAAGGUCGAAUAGGAGUUCCUUCAAGGAGUCUUCUCUGCUAAGGAUAUACUCUAUUAACCAGCUUGCUAAUUCUUCUCUGAGUUCGAAGAAAAGUCAGAGUUCAAAGUUGUUUCACCCAAGGAAGGGUUCAACUAAGGUCCUAGCGUCGUCUUCACUAGUAGGGAGGUUUCCUUCUCCAAUUAAAACUCAGUUUAAUAGUUAUGUCAAGGAGAACCCUCUAGAUGUAUUUAAAAAUCUCCAGGAUCCUCAAGUUGGAAAUUCUAGUCAAAUAGUCCAAGUUGGCCAGCAUACUAAUCACAGAAAUCGAAUUCCUCUAAUCAGUUUAAAAUAAGACUCCAAAAAAUCGUCAAAAUCUAAGAUCUAUCCUAGUCAAACCACCCGCUCCAAAUGCUCAAAACGCCUCAAAAUCUAUAAUUAAUACCUUCACAAACUCUAUUCCUCUCAAGACCCCAAAAAUACAACCCAAAGCAGCUCUAAAGACUCUGAAAACUGCAAAAUCACACACUAGGAACCCUAAACCCCAUCUUUCCAAGACUGUGUUCAACAAUGUCCUCUUAAAAUCGAUAAUUACACCAGCUGAUACAAAAUUUGACCAAACUCAAACAGACACUAAUCUCAUAAAUUUCUCCCCUGAUCAGCUAGAGGACCACCAAGGCAUUCAGGGCACCAAGCUGGGCUAAGCAUCCCGCUUGCUACUACCUGUGUAGUACAAGUAGGCUCUGUGACGUCAUGAAGGGAUGCAACUGGUGGUUAAUCGCCAGAUAUGUUCCAUGAAGGCAUCAUGGUAUCUUACUUAGAAACCCUCAACAUAAUUUGGUUU